UAGUGUACCAGAAGCAAAGAUACCUGCAUCUCUAAGUUGUAGACUAUACAAACAUGCAGCAGACAUGGGUCUGUUUCAGAAGCUCGCUUUUUUCUUGGGUAUUAAGAAGAAGGAGGUGAAUGUGGUUGUGAUCGGAUUGAAUAAUAGUGGUAAAAGUACGGUUAUUAAUCAUUUUAAAAAUGAAGAGGAACGAAUCGACAAAAUGGAAAUUGUGCCAACUGUUGGGUUCAGCGUUGAACGUUUUCAGAAUCAAAACUUAGCUUUCACUGCAUUUGAUAUGUCCGGUCACGGUCGAUACAGAGAUUUAUGGGAGCAUUAUUACAAAGACUGUCACGGAAUAAUAUUUGUGGUGGAUAGCAGCGAUCGAAUGAGAUUGGUUGUUGUAAAAGAUGAGUUGGAUUUGCUUCUGUCACAUCCGGACGUAUGCAACAAGAAAAUUCCCGUUUUAUUUUUUGCUAAUAAGAUGGAUUGUAAGGACUCUUUGAGCAGCGUAAAAAUUGCCGCUGCUUUGGGAAUGGAUAAAAUUAUGGAUAAACCUUGGCACAUCUCAGCUAGUAAUGCUUUAACGGGGGAAGGAUUACAGGAAGGUGUUGAAUGGUUAACACAACAGAUCAGAGAAUACAUUAAUAACAGAAGUCCUUAACAGAAAUGUAAUAUUAAAAGGGACAAAAAUGUUGUUUGAUUUGAAUAAAAUAAAUUGAAUAUG